UCAGGCUCCGAUCAUCAGCCGCCGCAAGCGAUCACCAGCUAGGUGACGAUGCUGCGGAGGACGCUGCCGGCGUUGCGCUCGGUGAAGGAUGGCGCGGCAGGGCAGGCCGGCAAGGUCGACGCGCACUUCCCGUCGCUGCGUGGACACCCGGCGGCGCGCGCCAACGCCCGCGAGGCCGCCGAGGGGCAGGCCCGGCUGUCCGCGGAGGAGGAGGACCGCCGCAAGCGCGACGGCAGGGCAACGACGACGGUGAAGGAGUUCCAGGUGUACCGGUGGAACCCGGACUCGCCGGCGGGGCGGCCGUUCCUGCAGUCCUACCUGGUGGACCUGGCCAGCUGCGGGCCCAUGGUGCUGGACGUGCUGCAGAAGAUCAAGGCGGAGCAGGACUCGACGCUGGCGUUCCGGCGGUCGUGCCGGGAGGGCAUCUGCGGGUCGUGCUCCAUGAGCAUCGACGGCGUGAACACGGUGGCGUGCCUCAAGCCCGUGGACGCGGACACGUCGCGGCCGAGCAUGGUCACGCCGCUGCCGCACAUGUACGUGGUCAAGGACCUCGUCGUGGACCUCACCAACUUCUACCAGCAGUACAGGUCCGUGGAGCCGUGGCUCAAGACCAAGAGGAGGGCGUCGUCGGCGUCCGAGGGCGAAGCAACGACGACGCGCCGCGAGCACCUGCAGUCGCCGGCGCAGCGGAAGAAGCUGGACGGGCUGUACGAGUGCAUCCUGUGCGCGUGCUGCAGCACGGCGUGCCCGUCCUACUGGUGGAACUCGGAGGCGUUCCUGGGCCCCGCCGCGCUGCUGCACGCCUACCGCUGGGUCUCCGACAGCCGGGACGACUACGGCCGGGAGCGGAUACAGUCGCUGUCGGAAGGGUGGGACAAGAUGUACAGGUGCAGGAUGAUCAAGAGCUGCACGGCGACGUGCCCCAAGAGCCUCGACCCCGCCGCCGCCAUCUCCGCCAUGAAGGCAUUGCACCAGCUCCGCAAGGCCUGACGAGUCAGGGGAAACCCCAGUGGCAAGCAGCUAUGACCUGUACGAUCCAACGAGUUGAAAAUUUUCGCCUUGAAAAUUUUGUGGACGCCAAUCCGCAAAAUC